AUGAAAACAUUUCUCACUCUCCCCGUGGAAAUCCAUGAGAUCAUUCUCGAAGACGCUAUCGUGACUGGGCGUGAAAACCCCAGAUACCCGACUGAGCAAUUCCCUACUAGAGAAAGCGGGGCCAAAUUCAAUCACAACGUCCCUUCCAUUACUUCUCACAUGUCGACAAAUUUUCAUCGAAACUCAAGGUGUCCUGGAAGACGCAUGAAGAUACCUUAUAAGCUCGAUAUCAUGAUGAAAUUCAAUGGCGAUUACUAUCCAACUUGGCUCCGCAUCCCAAAGAUUACAACCCAUAUCCCAAUACUGGACGUCAAUGUGCGUGCCUUUGGGUCGCCAUUGAAGUUAACACAGUAUGGUUUGGUCCCUACUUUUUCAUACAGAGAUCCUGCUUCUCUAGUCAUCAGUUGUAUUCUGAAACUAUUCUCUCGGUUUUCUCGGUUGCCAUCAGUCACGGGCAAGAAAGGGCGGUCACAACAAACCCGGAGAGAGUUAUCCUUUCUCGUCGCCAUUCUCAUUUUUAACAUUUCUUCGCCUACGCUCAGGGUCUCAGCAGCACUCGGUGGACUGCCAUACUAA